AUGCAGGCCAUUGUUGGAGGUAUCGCAAGUCAUGGACAUGAAGCGGCGGCAAAGGUAGAGGCAUCUGAUUCAGCAGAGUCUCAGAAUGGUAGGAAAGAAGAUGACCUAGAACGCGUCGCUGUCUUUAAAGGCCUAGUGGCUUUGGGUGGUGUCUACUUCUUCUUCAUGGCUGAGAAACUUGUCAGUCUGAUCUCCGAAUACCGGGCCGAGAAGAAGGCUGCAAAGGAGGAAAGAGAGCGAUGUUUACGCAACCCCCGCCGGUCAAUGGAACCAAGACGAAUGAGUCAUGUGCGUGUUUCUAUCCCUUCUGCAGGAACAUUAGACGGCAACUUGCUAAAAGGCUCCCGCCUUUUUGAUCCUACUUGCCGACGGCAGUCAAGAGCAAUGUCUAUUGCAGGUGAAGAAAUCCUGACUACUGGCCUGACCAGUAAAGGUGAGAUGAACUCGACAUAUUUUGAUUUCCUCCGACUAAAGAAGAUUUUUGUACCGAAACUAGAAGGAUGCGACCUUUGA